GAGAAGAAAGAAAGUUGUUCCACACACCUUAAGUCGAAGAGGAUAUGCUCGAACAAUUGAUGAUAUGGUAAUAAUUAAGUUUUAUACUGUUUGUAUUUUUGCUUCCAUUAUUGUAGUCUCUAUUUUAUAAUCUCUAUUGAUGUAUUGUGUAGAAGAAAGAAAAUGAGGAUGGUAAAAUAUCUAGAAUCGAUGCUUUUCGGAGAGCCCAUACCAAGAAGAAUGGUGAACCUGUAAACCCAACGACAUCUGAUAUUUUUGGUUCAUUGAAUGAGAUUCUCCUUGAAGACCUAAAAUCUGGAACUACAGACAACGCUGAUGAGGAUGCCUUGACAAAAUUGUUUGGUAACCCAAAAUCUGGUCGUUUAAUCGGACAAGGAAGAGGCGUAACAAGGUCAAAGCUAACUGUUGUUAAUAUGUGUAAUAGCAAGAUCUCCAAGUUAGAAGAAGAGCAACAUAAUAUGAAGCUCAAAAUGACUGAAAUGAUGAAUCUACUUAAAGAACACUUGGUUGGUGGUAAAGUGACACCAAGCGAAGGACAGUCUCGCAAUGUACCGCAGUCAAACAAUAUUCAGUCCCCUAAGAGUAUUGCACUAGAAAAAAGACAUAACUUUACAGAAGGGAAGAAUGCUUGCUACUUGCUUGACUGGGCAGAUGCAAUUGUUGCUGAAGGUCGUUGGGAUUCUAGUGAUCCAAAGAUAACUGUACAUGGAAAGCCUCUUGGACCAGACUUUAUGCGAGUAUGAGUUGAUGUUGCUAUU